AUGGCUGAGGGUUUCGACACAACACGCUUUCAAUCAGCUGUUGAUGAUGGCUUUACGUGUCCUAUCUGUCUUGGUGUUUUACAAGAUCCAAUGCAAUGCCAGAACAACGAGCAUUAUUUUUGUUCUGGCUGUAUCAAGAAACACUUGGAAAAGACCUCGCUCAGCUGUCCUGUCUGUCAAGAUAAACUGACUGUAGAAACACUGCGUAAGGCGCCGCGAAUUGUCGCAGAUUAUGUGUCACGUUUGAAGAUAAGUUGUAAUCAUGCAGCGAGAGGCUGUGAAGCAGUUCUAGAGCUUGGAGCUCUAAAGAUUCACGUUCAGGACUGUGAUUUCAUGCCCGUCUCUUGUUCAAACCAGGGUUGUGAUGAGGUAGUGAGUAAACGCGAUGUAAAGCAUCAUGAGCGCGAGUUAUGUCAGUUCAAGACAACGACCUGUGACGAUUGUGGCGAAAAGAUGUCUCAUCAUAAAUAUGGCGGCCACGGCUGUGUAUUACGACGUGAUGUAGACAAAAUGAAGAAAGAUCUAGCAGAAGUGAAAACCACACAAAAUGAAAUGAUGAAUGAAGUGAGAGAAGGCAUGCAACGAAUGACAAUCGCGAUGGAACAUCUGAAAGAGUCGUUUCAAAACGUAGUAAACUCUAAGAAUAGUGAUAUUGUUGUCAUCGCAGGUUGGCACCCCGAAACAAACAAGCCUCUUUCUUCCGUCGAGCGAUUUAACCUGUUCAACCAAACCUGGACACCACUGGCUGACUUGAAAAUAGCUCGAGGUUGUCAUGCAGCCGUGCUGUUUGAGAAUCAAAUACUUGUUUGUGGUGGAUCUUCUAGCACCAAUUCUGAUGACUUCACAGAUAGCAUAGAAGUAUUGGAUAUGAAUGGUAAUCCUCCGACAUGGCAGGAGUUUUCUGUCAAUCUUCCCAUCAAGGUUGCUGGUCACAAGUGUGUUGUCUAUGGGAAUCGUUUGCUGAUUAUUGGUGGUCAACCCAAGGAAAAUGAAAUUUUAAAUACGAUAUACCAGUUGCUUCUUGUUCCACCUUAUUCAUCCAAGUUGCUUUGUCACAUGAAGAAGAAGCGAGCGUUCCAUGGGGUGGAGUUGUUUGAUGAUAAGGUUUUGAUCGCUGGUGGAGAUGAAGCGGAAACAAAUGUGGAAAUAUUCGACAUAACAAGAAAUGAAUGUUCUCAAAUGCAACCACUACCAUCUCCUCUUUUUGGUAUGGCGACAGUUCGUCGUGGUGAUAGCAUGUUUUUAAUUGGAGGGACGGACAAAGAACAGAACGUCAGCAACGAGAUUAUCGAGUGUGAUAUUAGAACUGGCCAGAGUAAGGUUCGAUUAAAUAUGAAAAAGGAGCGAGUUUUCUGUUCCGCUGUUUAUCACGAAAACACGCUUGUUGUACUUGAUGGUGCAAAGGACGAGGUAAAAUCAGUAGAUUGCUUCAAUUUUGUAUCAAAUUAUUGGAGAAAACUGCCGUCCAUGACCAAGGAAAGGAUUUUUGCUUCUGCACUUGUUGUGAAAAAGAAUUUUGAAUUUUGA